ACUCCAGUUCAGCAGGAAGCGCUAACGCUCCACGAUACAAACAGCAGCAGCAGCAGCAUCUCAUGUGAUCUUUGGCGUCUGUUUGAGUUGGUUUGCGGUGUGCUCGACAGGAUUUACUCACAUCGGCUGUCGGAAGUGUGCAAAGUUGUUUGCGCUUUUCUCUUUUGCGUGUUUGGUGCAUAUUUUGCAUGCAUCGGUCUCGAUAUUUUUGCGCAUCAGUUUGAGUCUCUUAGGUUUUGUAAGUAGUGAUUAUAUUAUACAGUAUGGGUCCGAAACAGAGCAGUCCGUCCGUGGGGGUUCGGGUCCGAUCUUACUCUGGUUCCGAUUUGUCCAACUCUGACGGGCGAGCUGCGAUUCUGCGCUAUUACGCGGGCGGUUCGACUGGACAGAUCGGUGAACGGGUCCAGUAUUCAUCGCAAACACCCGGUUCGUUCAUCCAGAGCGCCGUUAUUCCGACCGGCGGCCGGAGAGAUGAGCCAGACGGGCAGAGAACGCUGCUGAUCGGCUCCUUACCUGCACACCUCACACCUCACCUGCUGGGCGCUGGAUUUGACUGUCCCAUGUGCUCAAAGUUUGUCUGUUCUGAUGAAAUAGAUGUUCAUCUGCUCAAGUGUUUCUCUAAACCCAGACUCCAUUAUAACGAUGAUGUUUUGUCCCAGGACUCGUGUUCAAGUCUGGAUGACAUGGUUCAGGGGGACACCAUCGCUCGACUGCCCUGUCUCUGUGUCUACCACAAAGUGUGUAUUGAUGAAUGGUUUGAGGUCAACAGGUCAUGUCCAGAACAUCCCACAGAUUCACAUUAAAACAGAUGAUUCAAAUAAAGAAGAGCAACAGAAAAGGGCUCAGCUAAUAUUUUCUCCAUGAUCUGACUCGCUUUGACUCUAGAUGAUGAAUCCAUCACUAUCUGAGACUUAUAUGGACCUAAAACCUGCUUGUGCCAAAUCAAAAUGAAAUCAUGCGUAUACUUUGCACAGUUCUGUUAGCAGACCUGAAGGCUGUUUCACAGUAAUCUAGCUGCCAUCUUUACCCAUGAAGCUCUUCAGAGAUCAGAUGGUGGACUGCAGUACUGCUUCAGGUUAGGGUAACAUAACAGUGGUUUCAUGAUCGAUAACCACAAGAUGGAACACAUAUUCCCUAACAGGACUUUCUAUUGAACUGUUUUUAAACAAAGGAAGAGUUGUUUAGAAAAGACAUGAGUAUAGAGGCUAUGACUGAAGAACAUGAAAGACCUAAUCAAAGAUAUUUUCUGUACACAUAGAUUUUUUAAAUUAUAUUUAAAAUAGAUGAACCAGUUGUGAAUGUUUUUGAUAAAUGCUGUUAAUUUUUUUUUCCCAAUAUUAAUCAUGUAUAAAUAAAUUCAAAGGGCUCUGGAAUGUAAAGA